AUGUCAGGCGACGAGGCCGAGAAGGAGAGCGAAAGGGCCGAGAGGAAAGCCGAGAGGGCCGGGAGACGCAAGAAGGCCGAGGAGAUGUUGGCGCGGGCGAGCCAACUGCGGGCCGAGGCAGAGGAGAGUAGGGCGGCGAGGGAGCAGCGCGAGGCAGCUAACCUGCGCUUGGCUGAUGCCGUAAUUGGAGAGCGCAAUAUGCGUAUCGCUAGUGGGCUGAAGUAUGGGUUCGACGGGGACGACGCGUACAUGCGCAGGCUUGUUGGUGGUGAGAAGAGAAAGGCAGACGACGAGCUUCAACAUGGGGUGAAGAAGCAUGCGCGAUCCGCAACGCCGCCCACAGCCCCGGCUAGAGCUCCACCAACAGCUCCUGCUGCCAUGCUUGCUCGGGGCCAGUUCGAUGGGCAUGGAGGGAGGACGUCGCUUGGAGGGGGGAUUCGUGGCCGAGGUGGAUUCGGCGGUGCGAGGGGCCGUGGCCGACCAGCUUCAGGUCGAACUAGUCACGAAUUAGUUAAUCAACUAUGGCCAAACCCACCUGGCCAGACCCAGCAGGAGGCAGCAGAGAGGGCCGCUGAGCACCAGCCGACUUCCGAGGCCACCCGCCACAUGUCCCCGGAUUCGCGGCAAGCCGCAAGGUCCACGUUGGUCGAGACGCAGCUAGAAGACAAGCAGGCCGACGAGGACUCAGGCGACCACAGCCGCCAAACCUCCGAUACCACCGGCAUCAAGCUGCUCAGGUCCCUCGCAGCGCAGGGUAUCAUUUCCAAGGAGGAUAUGAGGAAGCUGCUUGAGGAAGAUUGA